GUUAGAAAAGGAAACAACGUCCAAAUACAUUGAACCCCCCCGCAGUUUGCUUUUGGUUUAUAAACCUCAGAGACUCGGAGCCUAACCGUUCUUCCCGAGUGAGGGAGAGUCGCGGAGGCAUAAAGAUUGAUGCGCCGGGCCAGGUUCUUGUUGUUGUCCUUGAUCGUCUGACUCUGUGGUGUUUGGACUCUUGAAACUUUUUAUUUGUACGUACGUUGGUAGAUUUGCGGGAAGAAGCGUGUGAUAUUUGAUGGUGUUCUUGAAUAUAACCGGCUAUCGUAAGACAUUAAGAGCGCGGUUCUUUGUUCGGUUUUUCUCUGCUGGGCAGUCCAAAGCUACCGCAGCGUCUGACACUUGUUGAUUCCCCUUGCGGUCGAAAUAUGUUUAGUUUUCUGAUUGAAGUCGGAUAGGAAUGAGAUUUGCGGAAUUUCCGGAUAUUUCGCUUGCUAUUUCUUUUUUCCCAAUGAGUUCCUGUAUUUGGUGGCGUGGCCGAUGCUAUUAUAGACAGAACAGGCGUUUAUGGUUUAUUGCAUGCAUUCCAACAUUUGAUGAAAGAUCCGUGAGAAACGCCAUUUGUUUUUUCAAGAAGGCAAACGAUUCUCUCGAUAACAGUGGAUUUCUCUGCUUUGUGGGUUCUCAUGUAUGUUUAGUCAGCACUCUUGCUUUUUUCUCUACAUUCAUUUUUCAAAUAUUUUAUUUUCAUCUACUGUCGCUUUUAACUGGGGAUGAGAUCGUAUUGCAGCGCCACCAGUGCUACCGGUUUAGCAAUUUCAACCAGGUUAUCUACGAGCUUAAUUAUUCUUUAUAUAUACUGCAUCUGUUUUUUGUAUCUCAUGUUAGUGUGCUUAGGUUUUCAGCCAUCAAGUGUACAAUGCAAAUGUAAGGUGCUUGUACAAUGUAAGGUGCUUGUGCAUUCUGUGCUUAGCUUGCUA